AUGAAUCAACAACACGAUAUGUAUUACGACUACUCGUCCACCACGAACCGGUCGCCGGGAUCGUCGAGACAGGGUUAUGCCACCGUUGGCCUGCCCUCGAGCCUAAGUGGUAAUCGAUCGGGACAAAGACCUAUCGAGUCGCUUGGCCAACACAUGCAAUCUUCUUCCAUAUACGGACAUGAUGAUAGACUCGGUGGUGCUUCGGGUUACGACGCGUUGUCUAGGUUCGAUCGAGUUGCACCGAGUGCUAUGCAAUCUGGUUAUAUGUUAGAGAAUAGUCAAACUUGGGGCUAUAACGGCGGAGUUGCCACAAUGAAUGGUCCUAUGAAUGGUAAUGGCAGAUUAGCAGUCAGGGGUGUCAAUCGCCGGGCCGCUCUUCCAACGACGUGGACCGACCAAUCUGGAUUGGGUGUUCAUUCGAUGCCUCAGUUAUAUGAUCCUAGCAUGUCGAUGAAUGGAAACGAACACGAUCUUGCAGGUAUGGCCGGUGCCGCAGCGGAUACACGAGGAAUGAUGGCUACCCCAGGAGCCAGCGACUCGGAACAACUCAUCCCAACAGCUAUUGUCAUCAAGAAUAUCCAAUUUCAGUGUCGAAAGGAAAUCCUUCAAGGUCUCAUGGCUUCCAUGAACCUCCCCCAACCGUAUGCUUUCAACUAUCAUUUCGAUAAGGGCGUGUUCCGUGGACUCGCGUUCGCCAACUUCUCGACAGCAGAAGACACUGCUCUAGUAAUUCAAAAGAUGAAUGGAUUAGAGGUUAUGGGUCGAAAGUUGCGCGUUGAAUACAAGAAGAUGUUACCGCAGGAUGAGCGCGACCGGAUUGAUAGAGAGAAGCGCGAAAAACGAGGCCAGCUCGAGGAGCAACACCGAGCACCACUUCCCAUGCACCAGCAGAGUGCGUUGCAGGCUCUCGGUGUCAGUGUCAAUAAGCAGCCAAGCAAUUCGCCUUUGCGUGAUGUUGACCUGAACGAUCCAACUACUCUCGAAUUCUAUACACAGCUUACUCUCUUUAAGAGUGACCCGUCCCGCGAAGUUCACAUCUUCUCUCCUGAUGUGACUCCCGAGCAGCGUCGACAGAUACAUAUUCUUGCCCAUAAUAUGGGGUUGGAACACAGAUCCGUUGGCGAAGCUGAUCGAAGACAGAUCCAGAUUAUGAAACGGCCGCAGAACUCGCCUCCAAUCCACGCGCAAAGCCAACUACCGAACGUGUCUUGGGAAGAUCACAGACGUGGACUUAGCCGUGCUGCUACAUAUGACUUCACCGAAUCUCGCAUCGGAUCUAGCGCGUACCAUGCCCUCGGUAGACAGGGGCCUACAUUGGAGCUGCCUGGUAGCCCCGAAAAUGGGAUACCGAACAAUCUUAGAGCAGCUAAGAGCUUUGCUGAUUUGCGCACACACAGCCCAAGCCCUGCGCCCUCGGGCUCUAGCUAUGUUGGUCUUGGAAAUGGUUUAGGAGCACGUUAUGGUGAUUUCUCCCAGACUUCGCUGACCACUCCACCCAAUUUAACCCCAACGUCAGGUCAAAAUGCUGCCUCCAGCACCGAAGCCUUGUUGACGAGCAAUAUGAACUCUAUGAAUCUAGGGUAUGACUCCAAUGGUCCUCACAUGCGUGCUAGAGAUACCCCGGGAGCCAUUGGAAGUCAGAGACCAGGUGCAAAUGGAACGGCCAACCGCAAUGCUCCUGACCGACAGCCACGCGGCCCGGAAUGGAGCGAAGCCGGACAAGGUUUCGGCGGGCGUAGCCGUGGUCAUAUGCAAAGGGGCAGCGACUCAUCCGACGCAGGCCGUAGCUCUGGAACUGCUCGUUUCCACUGA